CACAUCAAGCUCUUCUCUUCUACUCUCUACUCUCCUACAACCAACCAACCAACAAGCUCCAACCGGCUCUUACCUGCUCAAACUCACACACAUUCCACAAUGAAGUACACCAUCAUCAUCGCCGCGGUCAUGGCCCUGGUCCAGGCUGCUCCUCUGCUCAACAACGGCGGCAAGGCCAUCCCAGAUUCCUACAUCGUUGUCCUCAAGGACGGUAACACCGUCGACUCCUUCCAGCCCAAGUUCGAUGAUAUUGCCAAGCGCCAGAAUGGCCGUGGUCGCAAGCCCUCGAUCCACCGCAAGUAUAACAAGAUCUCUGGUUUUGCCGCCACCGUCAACCAGGCCGCCUUGAAGGAGCUGCUCGCUGCUCCCGAGGUCGCCUACGUCGAGCAAGAUCAGAUCUUCACCAUCCAGGACUCUCAGACCUCCCCUCCAUCCUGGGGUCUGACCCGUGUCUCCCAGACCGACUUGGAUCUCACUCAGCCCUACCUCUACAACGAGGCCGCUGGUGAGGGUAUUACUGCCUACGUCGUCGACACCGGUGUCUAUGCCGAGCACGAGGAGUUCGAGGGCCGUGCCACUCUCGGCGCCAACUUCAUCGACGGAUCAGAGGACACUGACGAGAACGGCCACGGCACCCACGUCUCCGGAACUAUCGGUGGCGCCAGCUAUGGUAUUGCCAAGAAGGUCAACAUUGUUGGUGUCAAGGUUCUGGAUGCCUCCGGUUCAGGAUCGACCUCAGGCGUCGUUGCCGGCAUGGACUGGGUUGCCUCUCAGGCCACUCCCGGAAAGUCUGUUGUGAACAUGUCUCUCGGUGGCGGAAAGUCCAAGGCCAUCGAUGAUGCUGCUGCCCGUCUCUUCAAGGCCAACAUUCCUUUGAUUGUCGCCGCCGGAAACAGUGCCACGACCGAUGCCUGCAACGGUUCGCCCUCCGGUGCCGCCAACGCCCUCACUGUCGCUGCCUCGGACAAGAACGACAAGGUCGCAUCCUUCACUUCGUACGGCAAGUGCGUUGAGAUCUUUGGACCCGGUGUUGGUAUUACCUCUUCCUGGAUCGGAUCGUCUGAUGCCAAGAACACCAUCUCCGGUACCUCGAUGGCCACCCCCCACGUUGUCGGUGUUGCUGCUCUCUACUUGUCGUUCAACAGCUUGCCCACUGCCCAGUCUGUCUUUGACAAGUUGGUUGCCACUGCCACUCCUAACAAGAUCACCGGCAACUUGAAGGGCUCGCCCAACAAGUUGGUCUUCAAUGGCGCUGCUGCUUAAAGCGGAGGAAGCGCUUCUCUUGCACGAAUCUUUGUAUAUCCCCUCGUAAAUAUUUAUUCUUCCCUUUGUUUCAGCAGGGGCACAGUACAGGCUGGUCCUUUAUUUUAUUUUUAUUUUUUUAUUAGCUUUGCGAUUGAUUCGCCAAAGAAAUAGCAAU